UAGGCUUCCUCGGAAACCGUGACUGUUUAUCUCUCCUUGUCCGAUUGUUUUCUUGCGAUUCUGGCGCUUUUGCUUUCUCCUCUGCACCAUCUGAAAAUUAUCAUUAUCUGUAAUGUCCGCAUUGUUAACAUCUUUAUGGGGUGAAUGGUGAAUGUUUAUUGUAUUAUUCACACUUGUUGAUUCCUUGUCAGCUGUUUCCUUAUCAAGGGAAUUCCCAUCUGCAUUUGUGAUUUGUUUUGUAAGUUUUUGUGUGACAUUUGAUACGGUUAAGUUGUUGAUCUCAUUUUUUCGGUUGUCUUAAUUUUGAGUAACGUUCGUUUUGAUUCCCUUUGAUUGUGCCUUCCUGUACUGAACUUGGUUUAGUGGUAUUUCACUGGUUCCGCUGUUGCUUAGCUUGGAUUCGCUUGAGAUUCCUCCUGUGUUAAUUUCUGUCUUUAAUUUUUGAAUUUCAUUCGACAAGUAUUGGAAGUUUUUGUCUAAAUACUUUUGUGGAAAUUCGACCAUCUCUGAACGAAGGACGAACGCGGAGUCCUCAUCCAGAAGAGACCGAAGUGACAGUCCUGCAGAGUCUUCCGCCAUGGCUUCCUCCAACAGCAGCAACUACAAGCUGAACGCUGCCAUAGAAAAGCUUUCGUGCACAGAUAUCUUGCCUUAUAAGUUGGAGAACACCGAAGCAACAUGCGAAUUCCUCAAGAAGGUGGUGGAAGUUCUGUUGGAUUUCGUACGAUCGACCAACAACCGCAACGAGAAAAUUCUGGAUUUCCACCACCCAGAAGAGAUGCAGAAACUGUUCGAUUUCAGCAUACCUGAUCAGGGACUCUCCUUGCAGCAACUGAUACAUGAUUGCGCAACCACAUUGAAGUACCAAGUGAAGACCGGUCAUCCCCGUUUCUUCAACCAGUUAUCAUGCGGUUUGGACAUCAUUUCCAUGGCUGGAGAAUGGUUGACUGCCACUGCCAAUACCAACAUGUUCACUUACGAGAUAGCUCCAGUGUUCAUUCUCAUGGAGAACGUCGUAAUGACACAUAUGAGAGAAAUCAUCGGUCCCAACUGGAAGAAGGGGGAUUCCAUCUUAGCUCCAGGUGGUUCAAUUUCAAAUCUUUAUGCCUUCUUAGCUGCGAGACAUAAAAUGUUCCCUAACUACAAAGAAAAAGGAAUAGCAACUAUCCAAGGACAGCUUGUCAUGUUCACGUCAGAUCAGAGUCAUUACUCCGUGAAAUCUUGUGCCUCCGUUUGCGGUCUGGGUACCGACAACUGCCUAAUGGUACCAUCCGAUAUCUAUGGUCGCAUGAUCCCAUCUGAACUUGAACGUUUGAUCAUCGAGAGACGCAAUCGUGGUCACAUUCCCUUCUUCGUAUGCUGUACCUCUGGAACCACAGUCCUCGGCGCUUUUGACCCCAUCAAUGAAAUCGCAGAUAUCUGCCACAAAUAUGGUCUAUGGCUACAUGUCGACGCUGCCUGGGGUGGAGGUCUUCUUCUUUCCAAAAAGUAUCGUCAUCCACGUCUCACUGGGGUUGAGAGGGCCGAUUCGGUAACUUGGAAUCCCCAUAAAUUAAUGGGUGCCCUUCUCCAAUGUUCUACAAUCCACUUCAAAGAAGACGGCUUAUUGAUGAGCUGUAAUCAGAUGUCUGCUGAUUACCUCUUCAUGCAGGACAAGCUGUACGAUAUCCGUUACGACACUGGAGAUAAGGUCAUUCAAUGUGGUAGACAUAACGACAUCUUCAAGCUGUGGCUUCAAUGGCGGGCUAAGGGCGACGAAGGCUUCGAGAAACACAUGGACCGUUUGAUGGAGCUCACCGAGUACAUGGUGAAAAAAAUCAAGGAGCAACCAGACAAAUUCCAUCUCAUUAUGGAACCUGAAUUGGUGAAUGUCAGCUUUUGGUAUAUUCCAACCAGACUUCGUAAAGUUGCUCAUUCUCCUGCAAGGGAACAAGAGCUUGGGAAGCUAUGUCCCGUGCUAAAAGCCAGGAUGAUGCAGAGUGGUACUCUGAUGGUUGGCUAUCAGCCAGAUGAUAGAAGACCAAACUUCUUCAGGAACAUAAUCUCAUCGGCUGCAGUCACCGAGCAGGAUGUCGACUUCCUCUUAUCAGAAAUGGACAGACUUGGCCACGAUUUGUAAACGCCUUCUAGAAAAAAGUCAAUUUUAUCAGUCGUUAUUAGAAAAGUGUCAUUCCUGUCAGUUUUUCUGUUGUAUUGUUAGUACAUCACAAAAUUUAAUCUUUUAUGGAUAUUGAAUUGAUGACUGCUUCCUGAGAGGAAAUGAAUCUUUAUCAAGUGCAUGUAAAUCAACUUGAAAUAAGCAGAUAUCGUUAAAAUAAAAAAAACGAUGAUCUGAUUCGUUAGACCGAGCCAAUAUUGAAAAAGGAAACCAACAAUAUCAAAAUCGAAACAUAUCAAAUCAAACAACUGUUGAAUAGGUUAGAUGAAACGGCUUCAAAUGCUUCUGAAUAAUUUCUGCCGAAGCUGUUCAGUUUUAUUAUAACUUAGGAAAAUUUAAGAAAGAAAAUGCUUUGUUUCUGUCCAUUUAUUCAGUUCCCAUUGAUUAAUUCUUGAUGAGUGAUAACAUCAAUUUAAUUUUUUGAGUAACUUCAUCAACGCUUAGUAUUUUUAUCGGUAGAAAAUCAAUAAUAUUUGCUGAAAAUUUUCACUCGAAAUAAUUUAGAGAAUUUCGUGAAUGCCAAAACUGUUUGUUUGGAGACGUCAAAUUGUGGUUAAAUUUUGUGAUAGCUGUGAAUAAUCUGCUCUAUGUGUUCUAUACAUAUAUAAAAAGUACCGUUAUAUAAAAUACUUCACAAAUUAAAAAAAAAGUAGCGUAUCAUUAUCAUACGUUAUGAAAUGUGUAGCUGAUGCAAUAAAUUUGUAUAGGAAAUUAUAUUGAUUUCAAUAAAUAUAUUUAUUAAUAUCGAAUAAAAAAUUGAAUCGAUGAACAGGAAUAUUAUAAUGGAAAGUUUAUUGUUGCAGCUUAUUGAAAUAUUUUUAUUGAUUUUUUGAUAAUUCUUCGUUGCUGUUUUUAUUGAUUAUAUUAUAGAGAAAUUUACUCACAUACAAAUUGUUACUCAUUCUUGAAAAUUAUAUGGUUUGAAGUUUUCGAACUCGAAGAAUUAUGUUUGUUACUAUGGAUUUUAUGGAAAAUAUAUUUCCCGUUAUUUUCGAUGUUAUCCACUGUUAUUAAACUUUUUUCUGAAUUUUGGUCAGAUGCCAAAAUACGCUUUCAAUGUAAAUUAAUAAUAUUGUUGAACUUGUUAACAUUAUAUCAUAAUGUACAAAAGAAAAAAAAGACUGUCAUCAAGGUCUUCUAACAAAAUCCAUGUCUUCCAUUCGAGAUAAUUAAUGACACUUGUAGUCAUAAUCUAGAUGUAUAUGUAUUUUGAGUGAAUAGUCGGUUGAUUCGAGCAUCGAAAAAAUAAUAAUUGUAAAAAUAAAUGUACAUAAAAGCUAUAGUUGAAAA